AUGAAAAUCACCAUGAGGGUAAUGAAUUUGAAAAAGAAUCCUGCAAUGAGUUGGGUUGAUGUUGAUUGGGAGGUUCAUACUUUCAUGGCUGGAGAUUGGUCCCACUCAAAUUCUAGAGAGAUACAUCAAACGUUUGAAGCAUUGAUUGAGAAGGUUAAGGUGCUUCCGGAUACAAAAUUUGUGUUUCAAAAUUUGGAUGAGCAGGAGAAAGAGAGGGCUUUGAAUUAUCAUAGUGAGAAGCUAGCCACNGUGUUUUUCAAGGCAUUUUCCGAUCUGGGUCUUGUUCAUGAAGGCUGGAGAGCUAAUGGGUUGUCAGUGGUUUUGGGCUUGGAGGUGACCAAUCUGUUUGUUAGUAGUGCACUAGGGAAAAUGAGGGAUGCCCGGUUGGUUUCGGAUGGAGUUGUGGGGGAAAGAGGAGGUUCUGAUUACAGCUUUGAUUGUUGCAUUGUGGAGGCACGUAAACUGUUCGAUGAAUUGCCCAACAGGCACAUAGUCACAGAGAAUUCAAUGAUUGUUUCGUAUAUCAGGAGUAGAAGAAGUGAAGAGGCUACAAGGCUUUAUGAGAGGAUGGCAUUUUCCGAUCUGGGUCUUGUUCAUGAAGGCUGGAGAGCUAAUGGGUUGUCAGUGGUUUUGGGCUUGGAGGUGACCAAUCUGUUUGUUAGUAGUGCACUAGGGAAAAUGAGGGAUGCCCGGUUGGUUUCGGAUGGAGUUGUGGGGGAAAGAGGAGGUUCUGAUUACAGCUUUGAUUGUUGCAUUGUGGAGGCACGUAAACUGUUCGAUGAAUUGCCCAACAGGCACAUAGUCACAGAGAAUUCAAUGAUUGUUUCGUAUAUCAGGAGUAGAAGAAGUGAAGAGGCUACAAGGCUUUAUGAGAGGAUGGCAUUUUCCGAUCUGGGUCUUGUUCAUGAAGGCUGGAGAGCUAAUGGGUUGUCAGUGGUUUUGGGCUUGGAGGUGACCAAUCUGUUUGUUAGUAGUGCACUAGGGAAAAUGAGGGAUGCCCGGUUGGUUUCGGAUGGAGUUGUGGGGGAAAGAGGAGAAGUUUUCAAGCGGAUUGCUAACCCAAACCAGACCAAUCAUACCAUGGAACUCACAAUGGAUCACUAUGCUUGCACGGUUGAUUUGCUGGGCCGUGCUGGGAGACUCAAGAAGCAGAAAUGUUUAUAA